GGCUGACAAAGCAUCUAUUAUAGGUUGUCCAUUUAAAGACUGUCCACAUUUCUAAACGUCUUAGUCCUGAAGUAUCCUACACCAUCUGCCUCUUCACAAGUGCAAAUGUAUCGAAAAAUAAUUGAGUUGGUCGUCAUGUCACUUCCACUGAUUCUGAGCCCCCAGGUUUUUGGGCUCGCGACAGACGGUUUGAUCCAUCUGAAAAAUAUUGCAGGCAAGCUCAGCUUCAUUCAGAGGGAAGGAAAUGUGACUUAUCUACGGGACAAGGAGCUGGCCACGGAAGUUCCAACCGAGACAAAGUUUGAACUGUUCGAUCCAAUGAACACUUUACGCACUGCGAGAUUCAACUAUACCUGGGACUUCGGCAACGGAGAGGUGCUGAAGGGAUCGGAGCCGUCUGUGCACUAUAAUUACUCAUCCCCUGGAAACUACACUCUGCGGCUGAGAGUUGGGGCCCAAGUGAACAAAACCUCUACUCCACUAACUGGGGUAUACACCAUGGACGUUACAGUUUUGGACGCCAUCAGAAAUAUUGAGUUGAGCCCUUUGAGUUUCCAGGUUUCCAGAAACAACAGUCUGGUUGUUCAUGUGGAUGGAAGUCCUCCCAUGUGGGUCUGUUGGAGGUUUCUACAGAACUGUGUAUCAGCAACCCCUACAGGCUGUCACCUGACCAUGCUGUAUGAGAACACCAUGACACUGAACCACACCUUCACAGCUUUAGGAGUCCACUGUCUGGACAUCAGCGCCCGCAACGACAUCAGCAAACUGCAGACCUCCUACAACAUCUUUGUGAGGAGAGAUCCCUCUUUUAACCUGCUCUUCAUCAUGAUGUGUGCUUGGAUUGUCUUGGCAAUCCUCGCCUUCAUCACUGUUAUAGCCUGUCGCCACAAGAAAGGACGCAACAGCAAUCCACAGAUGUCUAAGUCCAGUAACGCCACUUACUCCAGUAUGAACAUGGAACUGCAGCCACAGCAGGACCUCCCUGAUAUCAGUAGUGAUCUCUAUGUGUCCAGGCCAAAGAACGACGAGGUCCAACCCCUUCUACAGCACGGGACCAGAUCUGUCGCCAAAUCCUACCGCAACUAGUCUUCAUUUAUACACUUUGAUUUGAGCUUGUUAAUAGUUUGCUAUCAAAGGAAUAGUUUGAGAUGAAUAUACAUUACCAGUCAAAAGUGUGGACACACCUAAUCAUUACAGGAUUUUUCUUUAUGUUUACUAUUUUCUACAUUGUAGAAUAAUAGUGAAGACAUCAAAACUAUGAA